UACAUAUUGCGAUACCGUACGUCCAUAGAAAUAGCUUAAGACGGCAUUAUUAGCCUAGAUAUACAUUUAUAUGACUUUCUUUUACCUUAGCUUGCGAAGAAUACUAAUAAAAGGGAGCAGGAACCAACGUCUAUGGGCAAGCCGCACGUCGGAAUCAAAUUAGCUAAACACAGGAAGUUUAGCAGAGGUCGCUGUCACUACUUUAACAUGGAGCAAAUUCAUAGAUUGAACGCGUGAGGAUUUGGUGGUUGAAACAGGGCUUUUUCAGUACUUAAAACGGUGUAAACUGGAAACGUGGAUAGACUCCAUAAUAGCGACACUGGUUGAAGAUAAAUACGGCCAGUCAAUUGGAUAUUGUUUAAGGGUGUAACAUGGCAGGAUUGAGCUCAAGAAGCUAGCACUAACUGUGAGGUUUCAGUUAGAUUGCUUCAUUCCCGAUCAUUGCAGCUUUUCUUUGUGUCCUGGUGGGAGUUAUACAUUUUAAAAUAUUCUAAAAUGUCGAGGAUUGGAUGAGUUUUCCCCUUUUCUGCAGCUCUGUGCUUCUACAAAGAUCAGCCAUAGUCUGACUUCACUGGGGGCUGUGCAGACACCUUCAGCAUGCCUCUGUCAGACUUUCUGGACGGCCUGAAGGACAACCCUUACUUUGGGGCAGGGUUUGGACUAGUUGGGGUUGGCACAGCGUUGGCAGUGGCCAGAAAAGGAGCUCAGGUGGGGAUGAUCUUCUUCCGUAGACACUACAUGAUCACUCUGGAGGUCCCCAGCAGAGAUAAGAGCUACCACUGGCUGCUGAGCUGGAUCACCAAACACGCCAGACACACUCAGCAUCUCAGUGUGGAGACAUCCUACCUGGCUCAUGAGAGUGGACGGGUUCACACGCAGUUUGACUUCCAUCCAAGUCCAGGGAACCAUAUCAUAUGGUAUGGGAGGAAGUGGAUCAGGGUGGAAAGGACCAGAGAGAAGCAGAUGGUGGAUCUUCACACCGGGACCCCGUGGGAGUCUGUGACCUUCACUGCUUUGGGCAGAGACAGACAGAUUUUCUUCAACAUAUUACAAGAAGCCAGAGAACUGGCCUUAAAACAGGAAGAGGGGCGGACAGUGAUGUACACAGCCAUGGGGGCGGAGUGGAGGCCUUUUGGCUUUCCACGGAGACGCAGACCCCUCAGCUCUGUGGUUCUGGAGGAGGGCGUUGGUGAGAGGAUUGUUGAUGAUGUGAAGGAAUUCAUCGGAAACCCCAAAUGGUACACAGACAGAGGCAUCCCCUACAGAAGAGGAUAUCUGCUGUACGGCCCUCCUGGGUGUGGAAAAAGCAGCUUUAUCACGGCUCUGGCAGGUGAUCUGGGCUACAGCAUCUGUCUGAUGAGUCUGAGUGACCGAACCCUGUCAGAUGACCGCCUUAAUCACCUGCUGAGUGUGGCUCCUCAGCAGAGUAUUAUUCUACUGGAGGAUGUGGAUGCAGCUUUUGUUAGCAGAGAGCUUCUUCCCACAGAGAACCCUUUGGCCUUCCAGGGAAUGGGGAGACUCACCUUUAGCGGCUUGCUGAAUUCUCUGGAUGGAGUCGCUUCAUCUGAGGCCAGGAUAGUUUUUAUGACCACCAACUUCAUUGACAGGUUAGACGCAGCUCUGAUCCGACCCGGCCGUGUCGAUCUGAAGCAGUACAUCGGACACUGCACGCAGGGACAGCUUGCGCAUAUGUUCCGCCGCUUCUACCCAGAUGAACCCGCCUCAGAAGCAGAGCGCUUUGCAGAGCGAGCGUUGGCCACCCACUCUGAGAUCAGCGCUGCUCAGGUGCAAGGACACUUCUUGAUGCACAAAAUGGACCCUGCAGGAUCAAUAGACAAUGUAGCACAACUAAAAGGAUGACGGGACUGGAGGGAGUUUGGAUGAAUGAAGAGAAAUGUGAGAAAGAAGACUAAAUGUUUUUUACAUUUUCAGAUGAAGUUCUGGUAUAUUCUACUGAUGUGCUUUGAUGCCAAAGACUGUGUGCAGAGUAUGAUUAAUAAUGAAUAAAUGCAAUUCUCUUCAAUGUAUUUGGCUUUUAAAGGACUCUUGAAGAAUUAUCGUGGUCUGUACCUUGAGAUUGAAACCCUCACUGCCACAUUGAAGGUGCUCAGAGAGAAAUCAUAAAGUUUAAAGUUUUUUUUUUUGUCCUUAAAAAUGUUUUGGAAAGCACUGAUGGUUUAAUAUUUAUCUUGUCAGCAGCUAGCAUCCAGCAAAUACUGUUUUUGUCCACACAACAAAAAUCUGCUUAAAAUUGAUUUACAUUUCUAUUAAUAUUCAGACGACGGCUGUGGCAGCACAAACUUAAUGCUUUACUUUCUUAUUCCAAAAACUGCUCAUAAAUGUAAUAAGAAUCCUGAAAAUCAGGUAUCAUUUUCUGGUAAUAACUUUAGCUGUUGGACAGGAAUAAAGGACAACAUUUAGG